CAAAGGAGAGGGUGUCAUCAAAUUGAAGAUGUGUUGAGCACUCAGCAGGAAAGCUUGUGGGUUAAAGCAAGUGGUGUGCUUAAUCCCCGCCCUGGGGUUAAGAUGAGCUUUUCUGACCAGGAAAAGUGGUUGUGAUCAGGCCAAGAGAUUUAGCACUGGAAAACAGAAACAUGGGUGGAGGAAGCCAGCUCUCCCCUGUUGCAAUCCAGAACAUACGGCUGUGUUUCUUCCUGACCUGAGAGGAUGGGGAUUAGUGCAGUGGGGUGUGAGGCAGAGUAUCAGGUUUGCCACCCUGCUCCUUGGCUGUUCCCACUCACUGGCUCUGCCUCAGUGCUCCCAUGAGCAAUUACAGAGUGCAGCACCUCUACAGCCCUCUCAACCCCAGCUCCCAAAGGGCAGCAAUUUCUGCAUUCAACAGGGGCAACCUGCUGCCAAUCAUGUUAUGUCUUGUCUCUUGGAGAUGCAGAAUCUUUUGCCUGCCUCUGCAUUUCACUCUCCUCUGGCUGGGGAAGGUUAGCAGGCCUCGUCUUCCCUAAGGCAAUCCCUGGCCAGCGCAAUGCAAUGAGUAUUCUCUGUCAGUUCAACUAACUUAUCUUGUGCAGUUUCUGUGUAUUUUUCACCAGACCCACUAUGGGAUGGGACAGGUCUCAGUAGCUGCUUGAAACAAAGUCAUGUUUGACCAUGUCUUAAUGUUUCCACUCCCACAUGGGGAGCUGCUUUGCUGGCUUAUUGCUUGGAUGGCUUUGUGACUGCCCAGAGGUUUCACAGUUAAAUCCCAGCUUUGCCUGACUGUGACGGUGGAUCCCAGCAGGAGCUGCGAUGGCCACUGCACCAAAAGAGGCAGAAAAUACUAUUGGUCUGGAGGAAAUCUGCAUGGAGAGACAAGAACCCCCAAAAGAACAGAAGACGUUUACAGUGGAAGAAGCUGUGGAAACCAUUGGAUUCGGGAGGUUCCACAUUUUGCUUUUCCUGAUCAUGGGGAGCACUGGGGUGGCUGAAGCCAUGGAGAUCAUGCUAAUAGCUGUUGUGUCCCCUCACAUCCGAUGUGAAUGGCAGCUUCAAGACUGGCAGGUGGCUUUAGUGACAACGAUGGUGUUUUUUGGCUACAUGGUGUUCAGCAUAGUGCUCGGGCUGCUGGCUGACAGGUAUGGCCGCUGGAAGAUUCUGCUGCUCUCAUUCCUCUGGGGAGCCUAUUUCUCCCUGCUGACCUCCUUUGCCCCAUCCUACAUCUGGUUUGUGUUCCUGCGGGCCAUGGUAGGAGGUGGUGUAUCGGGCCAUGCGCAAGGGCUUAUCAUAAAAACAGAAUUUCUGCCCACCAAAUACAGAGGAUACAUGUUGCCCUUAUCUCAGGUGUUUUGGUUGGCAGGAUCCAUGUUAAUCAUUGGCCUGGCAUCGGUGGUGAACCCAACCAUUGGCUGGCGAUGGCUGAUCAGAAUCGCCUCCAUCCCCGGCAUCCUUCUCAUCCUGGUGUUCAAGUUCAUCCCAGAGUCGGCGCGGUACAACGUAUCCGUGGGCAAUGUGGCGGCUGCUUUGGCCACGCUGCAGAGGAUAGCCAAGAUGAAUGGGGCGGCGAUGCCCGAGGGGGAGCUGAGGGAGCCUGCCAAGGAAAGGAGAGGAAGAUUCAAGGACCUCAUCCACCCCAAAUACCUCAGAACCACUUUGCAGAUAUGGAUCAUAUGGCUUGGCAUAGCUUUUGCUUACUACGGUGUCAUCUUGGCCAGCGCCGAGUUACUGGAGCGGGACCUCGUCUGUGCCUCCGCAGCUCCACCGAUGCAGGACUCCGGCGAUGACUCCGAGGAGAGCCGCAGCCCCUGCCACUGCCGCCUGUUCGAGCCUGCUGCCUACCAAACCAUGAUCAUCAGCACUGUUGGAGAGAUCGCACUAAAUCCUUUGAACAUUCUUGGCAUCAAUUUCCUCGGAAGACGACUAAGCCUGAGUAUCACCAUGGGAUGCACGGCCCUAUUCUUUCUUCUCCUUAAUAUCUGCACCUCCAGUGCAGGCAUGACUGGGUUUCUCUUCAUGCUACGUGCUUUGGUUUCAGCCAACUUCAACACCAUCUACAUUUACACAGCAGAGGUUUAUCCCACGACAAUGCGGGCCCUGGGGAUGGGAACAAGUGGGUCACUGUGCCGUGUUGGAGCUAUGGUGGCCCCAUUUAUAUCGCAAGUUCUCAUAAAUGCUUCUUUCCUCGGGGCCCUGUGUCUUUUCUCAUCUGUGUGCGUUGUCUGUGCAAUCUCUGCGUUCACACUGCCCAUCGAGACCAAAGGCAGGGCACUGCAGCAAGUAAAAUGAAAGCGAGUAUUUGAUGUUGGAUUAGGUUGGAAAGAAAAAUAAACCUUUGGAAUCUGUCAUUUCCUGGCAACUGCAUUUGAUGUUGAUUAUUUCUCCAUACCAUUUCCAUUAUUAAAAAUGGCAACUGAACAGUGCAAGAGCUAUGAAUUGUAUAGACAAAUGGCAAAUUUCUCAAGGACAAUCCCUUUCUUAUGAUUCAAUAAACAGAUGCUUUCUACCUGUCCUGUGAAGUGAAAUGAAGACUUUUUACUACCAAGUACUAUUAGUAGUGACAUUACACAC